AUGCAGACGUUGGGUGAAUUCAAGCUGCCUCAUUUCUUCAAUUAUCCUCCUUAUUUCACGUUGCAGCCAGUAAGGGACACUAGAGAGAAGCAGAUACAACUCUGGAAGGAGCUAAUACUUGAUUACUGUCGAACUCAAAAAGUAUUUGUGAUUGGUUUGGAUGAAGAUUUCCAGCUAUUUAGUAAUCCUACGAUAGAAAGAUCUCUAAGUCAUGAAGCUAGGGAGGCAUUUCUCUCAGCCUUAGUUUUGGAAGGACGUGCAGAGUGGUUGGAUAAAGGUCACAGAAAAUGUCUAAUCCUUUGGCAUCGGAUUCAAGAUUGGGCUGACUUGAUAUUACAUUUUGUGAAGGAAAAUGGGUUGGAGGAUAGCGUAAUGACAGUUGAGGAAAUACGUUCAGGGGUUGUGUCUCGAGAAACAGAGCUUCAUGGAAUGGAUCGAACUAUUUUAAUGCGAGCCCUUAAGCUGCUAGAACACAAGGGGAAGCUUGCUAUCUUCAAGGGAACUUCUGCUGAUGAUGAAGGUGUGAAAUUCUCCAUAUAA